AUGAACGACAAUUCCCGCCUCUAUCUGGGAACCACCGCCUUCGUGGCGGGGAUCCUCCUCACACUCGGAUUCAAAGACCUGCUCUACCCCGCGCUAGCACAGCUUCUUCGAGAAUCCCAAUCGCAAGAUGCUGAAUCGCGCCGUCGCCGCGAGGCGGAUGUCUUGGUUGUGCGAGCAGGGCCUCCCGCCAUCGUGGACGGUAUCGAGGGCUGCAUAGGAAAUACACCAUUAUUCCGGAUCAAGUCAUUGUCAGACGAGACCGGAUGUGAUAUCCUGGGGAAGGCAGAGUUCCUGAAUGGCGCUGGCCAAAGUUCCAAAGAUCGAGUAGCUCUCAGCAUGAUCCAAAUUGCUGAAGAACACGGCAUCUUGACUCCCCACUCUGGCGACACAGUCUACGAAGGCACAUCCGGCUCGACCGGUAUUUCUCUAGCUACCUUGGCCAGAGCGAAAGGCUAUCUAGCUCAUAUUUGCAUGCCCUCCGAUCAAGCCAUCGAAAAAUCCGAUCUCCUCCUCAAACUUGGCGCAAUAGUCGACCGCGUCCCACCAGCCCCAAUUGUCGAAAAGGAAAACUUCGUCAAUCGCGCACGCGCCCUCGCCCAAGCCCACACGAGCGGAUCGGACCAAGUCCGCGGACGAGGUUUCUUUGCAGACCAAUUUGAGAACGAGUCUAACUGGCGCGCUCACUACAGUGGUUCCGGCCCUGAGAUAUACGCCCAAUGCGAUGGUAAACUCGAUGCGUUCGUCGCAGGAGCUGGUACGGGUGGUACGAUUUCUGGGGUGGCAUUGUACCUAAAGCCGAAGAUUCCUAAUUUGAGUGUGGUGCUGGCGGAUCCGCAAGGUAGUGGGCUGUACAAUCGGGUCCGCUAUGGUGUCAUGUUUGACCUGAAGGAACGGGAGGGGACAAGGCGGCGGAGACAGGUGGAUACCAUCGUUGAAGGCAUCGGGAUUAACCGCGUUACUGCCAACUUCGAGGUUGGCAAAGAACUGGUCGAUGAUGCUGUGCGGGUUACUGAUGCGCAAGCUAUGGCCAUGGCCCGGUGGUUAGUAGAGAAGGAUGGGAUGUUCCUUGGAAGCAGCAGUGCAGUGAAUUGCUUUGCAGCAGUCAAGACCGCCAUGAAAUUAGGACCAGGUCACCGGAUUGUGACUGUCCUUUCAGACUCUGGCUCAAGACAUCUCUCCAGGUUCUGGGCUAAGGCCGGAGAUGUUGGCGGUGCAACGGAUACGAAACUGGAAGAUGUCUUGAAUGUGAAGGACGAGUGA